CAAGUAGAUAGAAAUAACGCAUUACAGACAUCUUUUUAUUCUGGAAUUUUGGGCAAAGCCGUUGGCGGAAGCUAGUACAAGGAUAUAUUUAUAUGCAGCAAGUGAGAAGAGUUUACGGGUAAAAUAAAUGGGUAUUCGGUGUAUGCAAGUACACACACAUAUUUAUAUAAUAUAUCUGACUGUAAUGACUGAUUACUAUUUACCAUAAGGUAAUUAGUCAUAUGUAUAUUUAAGUGGAUAGGUACUGUUUCCAAAAAUAACAUUCUUCCACCAAAAUUAUUGGAUUUCAAAUUAUAUUGAACACCGGACAUAGUUUUGAAUGCUAGUUACCUAUAAUUUAUACGUUGAAUUGACUAUGGUAUAAUCAUGGGUAACCAUGUUAAGUCGUCUAUAUCGAAUUUUAAAUCAGUUCAAAUCCGUCGUUAUGAAGUCGAACGUGUGUGUUUUGGUAUUCUAUUUAGCGGUGGUAAUAACCGCUGAAGAAUGGCGGGAAGUGAAAAUUGCGCAAGGAAUACUGCGCGGGCGCAAACAUCCCGAAAAGGAUUUGUUUGUUUUCUACAAUGUACCCUACGCGACCGCUCCUGUUGGAGCAAACAAGUUUAAGGCACCGCUUCCGCCUCCACAUUGGUCAGAACCAUAUGAUGCUGUUGAUGAAAAUAUUGUAUGUCCUCAACCCGAAUUUCUCAAUACCUACAUCAACCAAACCUUUAAAACUAAAGAAGAUUGUCUUAUCGCCAAUAUCUAUGUUCCCGAGACAGACAAAAAUAAUCUCUCAGUUGUCGUGUACGUACAUGGGGGUGGCUUCAUUGUAGGGUUUGGUAAUAUGAUGAAACCACUACAUUUACUAGACAAGAAAAAUAUAAUCCUCGUCACAUUCAACUAUCGACUCGGUAUUCACGGAUUCCUAUGUCUCGGUACCGAGGACGCACCAGGCAAUGCUGGCAUGAAGGACCAGGUAGCACUGCUAAAAUGGGUACAUCAAAACAUUGCUAGUUUUGGCGGUAACCCUGAUGACGUCACCCUCGUAGGUAAUAGUGCAGGUUCUGCAUCAGUGGAUCUGCUAAUGCUUUCUAAGUCAGCAGAAGGAUUAUUUCACCGAGCUGUACCCGAGAGUGGUGGUAAUCUUGCCGCUUUUGCAAUUGCAAGCGAUCCUGUGGAAAACGCUAAAUUGUUUCUGAGGCAACUUAACUACACUGAUGUAGAUGACAUUUGUGAUAUGGGGGAGUUUUACAAGACGGCUUCACUACAAUUAUUAAUUUCAGAUGCAUUUUUCGAAAGGACUGAUUCCACCUUCCUAUUCUCACCAUGCGUAGAACGCGAUACCGAAGGUGCAUUCCUGACAGAAUCUCCUCUGAAUAUACUAAAAAGAGGAAACUUCAAAAAGUUACCUCUGUUAUAUGGAUUCGCUAACAUGGAAGGACUGUUUCGUAUUGAUUUCUUUGAUAGUUGGAAAAACAAGAUGAACGAAAAGUUUUCUGAUUUCUUGACACCUGAUUUGAAGUUUCAAUCCGAAAGUGAAAGAGAACAAGUUGCUAAUAAGAUUAAAAAGUUUUAUUUCGGUGAGAAGCCGGUGGGCAAUGAAAGCGCGAUAGCCUUUGUCAAUUACUUCUCUGAUGUUUUGUUUACUCACCCUAUGCUUUGGGCAGCGAAAUAUUACGUCGAAGGUGGAAACAGUCAGGUUUAUUUGUAUGAAUACUCAUUUGUUGACGAAGACUCUACCCUAGUGCCUUACACUGACAUACGAGGAGCAAGCCACUGCGCACAAACAAUGGCAGUAGUAGAUAUUGGCGACGAAAGGAAAUUAUCACAGAAAUAUCAGGAUAUGAAGAAAACUAUGCGGGAAAUAUGGUACAAUUUUAUUAAAACUGGGAAACCGGUACCCGAAGGUUCAUCGUUGCCUGCGUGGCCGGCAGCAGGUCCUGACAGAUCACCAUAUAUGAAGCUAAAUGAAAAAUUGGAACUAGGUGGGAUCCUCUUAGAAGAACGCACUCACUUCUGGGACGAUGUUUAUGGAAAGUAUUACCGAGAACCCGCAGCACCUCCAGCGUCGCCGAAGUGCCAAGAAAAAUCGUAAAAAUAAAAUAAUUGACCUUUACCUAUACCUAUAGUUAGGUGUAUCUAUAAUUGUAUUAUAAUUAAUAAAUACAACACCUACUUUUCACCAGAUAGAACCUGACAAUGUCUUGUAUUUCGGGUGUCCACGGGCUGCACGAUCUCUUACACACUUAAAUAAUCCAUCUGUUCGUUUGCUCACUGACCCAAAAAAACGAGUCCUCAGAUACCUAACAACUUACAUGAGAAAACUGACAAACAAAAUGUAUUAAAUGCACAACAAAUAUUAUAAAAAAAUCACAUUGUAAAUAUCUUUUUUUUUCAAUUGUAACGAUGGAGUAUCUUGCGCGUUCUUCUCCAUUCGAAACUACACUUUGGAACGGGCACCUAGCUGCCUUAGCAAUUCUAUUUGAUGUUUCUAAAGUGCCUAAUCAAAGAUUAAUUGAAAUAAAUACUUUGACUUUGACUUUGAAUCAUGUUAUACGGGACGACAGGAGACGCCUUGGAAAGCAACAGGCAGCAGCGGCCGUACAAAUUUCUUCAGCAGUUUUAAUUUCCGAUGACAAUAAAUUUGAAGGAAAAGCAUUAGUAGGUUAACUUAUACACACAAACAUUACACACAUGAACCCUUAAAUCGAUUGCACUUCUAACACAUUAACAUGAAUUUUUAUUUAUUAAAUGUGAUUGGCUGCUUGUCUAUUUUUUAAUCCCUAUAAGUUAAGGGUACUGACUCACUGAUGUGAUACAUAUUAACGAACAUAAUAAAUAAUAUUAGCAAACAUUCUAUAAAAAUAUAUUUAUUUUAAAGAAUAUGGUUCCGUUAACAAUCAACAUAAAAAAUUGGCUUCAGUAUUUAUUUUAAUCACACUAAUAUUCUAAUGUGAAUGUUUCUUUGUUUGGAUGUUGGUAUGUCAAUCACGCUGAAACUACUAAACGGAUUUUGAUGAAUGUUGGUAUAUAGGCAAGGUAUAGGCUGACUUAGGAUACUUUUUAUCCCGAUAAAAUGAUCCCAUGCGAUAAAACUGGAAAUUUUAUUCUACGUGGACGAAGUCGCGGGCAACAUCUACUUUAAACAUAAAUUAUCUAAGAAAACUGUAACUCAUGCCAUUUUGUAAAUAUGUUGAACAGCAGUAUGUAAGCGCCCUUACCA